UCCUUUCCUAGUCAUUUUACAUCAACAAUUGUUACCAGUUCUGCAUUUAGGGUCAGGGGUGUGACUGUAAUUUUGCCAAGGAGUGAUUAAAUAACCCCAGACUUGAAACAUUCUGAAAUGCUUCAACAUUUAUUUACUCAUGUGAAACCUAGCAUACGUCUUUUUCCUUUAAACAACAAGGAUAAAAUCAUUAAAGUACUCUACUUGACCGUAACUAAAUAAUCAUCAAAGAGAGUUAGUGAUUAUUAAUUCUUAAUGAUUUGUGUCCUUCAACUUCUAUAAAUCCUCUCCCUUCUAUAACUAAACACUUCCCUCUGCUCUGCUCUGCUCUCUCUCUCUCUCUGAAACACAUACAAACACAAGCUCAAACGUAACAAACAUGUCUGCACUGAACCAUCUCUUCGAUCUCCCCGAUCAGAUUUGCUAUGUCCAAUGUGGUUUCUGCGCCACCAUAUUACUGGUAAGUGUCCCAUGCAGCAGCUUGUCAAUGUUGGCCGUCACGGUCAGAUGUGGUCACUGCAGUUGCCUCCUAUCUGUCAACAUGAUGAAGGCCUCCUUUGUUCCCCUCCAUCUGUUAGCUUCCCUUACCCAAGAUGAGCAAAGAGAAGAACUCUGCUUAGAAGAAGUGGACAAACAGAACAACAACCCCCUGGACAUGCGCAGCCCAUCCAUGGUGAUUUCCAAUUCUGACAAUGAAGAGGAGGACACAAUCUCUAUGAAUCCCAUUGUUAACAAGCCACCAGAGAAGAGACAACGUGCUCCGUCGGCCUACAACCAUUUUAUCAAAGAAGAGAUCAGGAGGCUUAAAGCUGAGAAUCCAAGCAUGACUCACAAGGAAGCUUUCAGCACAGCUGCAAAAAAUUGGGCCCAGUUCCCUCCAAUUCAGUACAAAGGAGAUGGUCCUGAUGGAGAGAGCUGCACUAGCCAGAGAGAGGAAAAUGUGACUUGGGAUUCUGAUGUUCCUGAGGCCCAUGAAGAUGGCAAAGUUUACCGUGAGAGAAAGGCCCCAAGGCAUUCCAUAUGGGCAAGGACACCCUUCGAGUGAAUGAGGCUUGACCUAAACUUCUAUAACAAGAAAGCUGUUUCUCUCUCAGGCCCACGAUUUGGGUUCAAGUCACUUGCUAUUUUAGGGUUAGAUUCUCUAGGGAAUGUGGUUUUCGUUUGAAAUUGAACAAGUCUUCACUGACAGAAAGAAGUAGUCUAGCUUUCAAAUGAGCUUACUGAUUGUGAUGGAAUAUUGAUCCAUUUAGUUCAAAGCAGACAUAAUUUUCUAGUUCUACUCUGUUU